GAUAACCACUAACCAGAUAGUGCGUUCAAAUUGUGUUUUUGAAUUUUAAGUGAAUAGUUGAUCUUGUAGUUUGUAGUACUGAUUUUAUCCUUCACAUUUAGUUGUAUAAUUUCCUAUCCAAGUUCUUUUCAUCUGGUCAAAUUUUGUAACUCGAAAUCAAAUUCACUAUCGUGGAGCCAUCAUUUUAAGUGUAAUCGAAACAUCAGCUCUCACCAAGAAAAUUUCCUGACGAACGACUACCAUCCAAUGAUUCCAGUAACUGUUUCAACAAAUAUCAGUCUGUGACAGGGCUCCAGUUUGCCCGUCAUCAGUGAUUAACUCUGCUCUCAUGCCUACUACCUGUGUCGCUGUCCAAUGUACGCACAACGGUCGAAACUGCAAGUUAAAAAAAUUCCCUACGGAAGAGUCCAGAGCAAAAUUAUGGGACCACCUCCUUAGGAGAGCUAAUUUCACUAGGAAAGAUUUUCAUCGCAUAUGUGCGUGCCACUUUGACAAAAACCAGUUUGAUAAAUUAAAUGGCAGAUUAAAGAAGACUGCUAUUCCUACAAUUUUUCCCACUCAUAAGAUAACAGCCUUCACAGAAGGUGAUGGUCCAGAUUCUUUUGAAUACAAUUAUGAAGACAUCAUCCCAGUUCCACCACCUGCCAUAGCAAAAUCUUUUAAUAUAAGUGGAAAUAUAUCAAUAAAACCACCAUUAAAAUUUAUACUUCCUAAAAGUGUUGAGACUCCUCAAAACUUACUAUCAAACACCUCACCUCUUGGAUCAACUUUUUCAUUGGAUGGAGUCAAGUUCAUUUCGUCUCCUGUGUUAGGAGACAUUGAAUGUCUCACCGAAAUUGAAAUCCCUCAACCCAUUGAUCAGGAUCUGUGUGUACCAAAACCAACCUUCAUAUUACCUAAACCAGACUCUGAGCAACUGUCUGCAUUAUCAGCAACAACUGAAGAGUCAGAUGCUUCUUAUGUGAUAAACCCAUGCAAAGAAUCAGAUUCUUCUCAGUCUGAAAACCACCCGAGGAGUGAGAGCGAUGAAACCAGGUCUGAUGAAAUCGAAGCCCUCAGGAAAGAAAGAGAUAAUCUCAGAAGAGAGCUGUAUCGCUUGAGGAAGAAGAUGACCGAAUAUACAAAAAUGUUGCACAACUUCAGUGAUGAUGAACGAGCCUGCCUGAGCGGAAAGAAAGUUAGACAAUGGUCUGAAGAAACUUACAAUAAGUGUUUGGAAAUAAGGUUAGCUGUUGGCAAAAAAGGAUAUGACUUUCUACUGAAAAAAGGUUAUCCACUAGUUUCCUAUGCCUCCUUGUGUAGAUUUAUUCAAAAACUAGCUGAGAAAAAGGAACUUUCUCAAAGUGUUGCUGCUGAUCUAGCAGAAGAAACCUCCUCAAUACCAAACUCACCUAGUUCCUCAUCUCCGGAUGAUGAUAGUGAUGAAUAUGAAGAAAUUAUCAUGUAGCAUGCGUAUCUUGCCACCAAUUUCUAUUUUUUGUGGAAGUUUUUCAUCGCCGACUGGUGGAUAAUAUGAACAGUAUUAGUGGUUAUACACUUCAUUGCAAAUUAAGUGUGAUUUAGUGCAGCAAAAUACCCAGAAUACUGGUUAUUCUGAUUAUUACUGUGGUAAUGUCCUGCUUUCUAAAGUGACCUCUGCUACUAAACUCAAUUGGUUCACUUGUACACUUCUGCCGUGUCGUAGUUGUUAACAGUUACGCAAGUUGUCACUCUACAUUCGCCCAACUCAUCACUUACAUUUUUUACCAUCAUUGUUAAAAACCAGACGAGAAUCUUUUGAGACUCAUUUGAGUAAUCUUAUUAUCCGGAAACUUUUAAAGACUAUUCAUGUGAUGGAAUUACCUUCAUCAUGACAUCCAGAAAUGUUGGUUCAGUUCUCAUUUUCAGUUGAGAAACUACCUACCCAUUCUAUGAGAAAGUUUUAUCAAAGAAAAUUAGAGGAAAUUAAAUGAAAUUUUGACAAAAUGAGAUUGAGCAUUCUUAAAAAAUUGAUCGAAAAUCUUACGAAGACAUCUUAGUUAUAGUUGGCACUUGUGUAAAUGAAAAUAUAGAAAAAGUGAUGUGUUUUUACUUUUUAACACACACCUGCCUCUCAGUGAAUAAUCCAAACGGACUCCUUUGGAGCAGUUUCAUUCUUCAAUGUGUAAAGAAUGAAUAUAAAUUUGUUGUUUUGAGAGAUAAUGUGAAAUGAUGCAACUAUUUCUUUUUAUUUAUUGAGAUAGCUUUCAUCAGUCCAAGUGUGAAAAAUUAGGGUGGCGAAGUAGCGCCUUAGUUUAUGUCCUUUUUCAAAGACUGAUUAAGAUAUAUAUUAUUCACUCAGAUGAAAGAGAGCCAGGAAUUGGAAGCUGCGCUUACUUGAGGAAUAUAUUGAGUGUAUUCAACUGUUUUUAUUGAUUUGUCACUCACAACAAUUACUGUAAUAAAUUAAUUUUUACCAAUAAAUGUUUUCAAACAGUGA